UUGUAGACUACUGUGCAUUGGAUAACCAAGGCUGCCAACAUGAAUGUGUUAACACUGAGGACUCCUACUACUGUAGAUGCCAUCCAGGGUUCAUUUUAAAUCCAGACAAAAGAACUUGCAGAAGACCAGAUUAUUGUUCUCUGCAAAACCAUGGUUGCGAACAGGAAUGUGUUAAUACAGACGAUUCCUAUUUUUGUCGAUGCCAAGAUGGAUUUACGCUUAAUCCAGAUAAGAAAACAUGCAAAAGAGUGGACCACUGUGCUGAAAGCAAUCAUGGCUGUGAGCAGUUGUGCCUAAAUACCGGUGACUCUUAUGUCUGUCAGUGCUCCGAAGGGUUUGUCAUCAAUGAGGACCUAAAAACCUGCACACGAGUUGACUAUUGUGCUCUGAGUGAUCAUGGCUGUGAACAUUUGUGUGUAAAUGGUGACAGAUCUUACACUUGUCAGUGUUUUGAAGGCUACAGGCUUCGUAAUGAUGGGAAAACAUGCAAACGUAAAAAUAUCUGCAAAUCAGUCAAUCAUGGCUGUGAACAUCUCUGUGUCAGUGCUAACAAUUCCUAUACCUGCAAGUGUCAUGAGGGAUUCACACUGAGAGAGGAUGGGAAGACAUGCAGAAAUAAAGAUAUUUGCAGUUCUGUUGACCAUGGCUGUGAACACAUUUGUGUGAACACUGAUGAGUCAUACAUCUGUCGAUGUUAUGAGGGGUAUGCACUGAGACAAGAUGGAAAAACAUGCAGAAAUAAAGAUGUUUGCAAUUCUGUUGAUCAUGGCUGUCAGCAUGUUUGUGUGAAUACUGAUAAUUCAUACAUUUGCCACUGCUAUGAGGGUUUCAUACUGAGGGAAGAUAAGAAAACAUGUAAAAAUAAAGACAUCUGCAAAUCAAUCAAUCAUGGCUGUGAACAUCUUUGUGUUAAUAAUGAUGAUUCAUACACUUGCCAAUGCCAUGAUGGAUUUGUUCUGAGGCGAGAUGGGAAAACGUGCCGAAGCAAGGAUAUUUGCGGAUCAGUCAACCAUGGCUGCGAACAUGCCUGUGUUAAUGCUGGUGAUUCGUUUGUUUGUAAGUGUCGGGAGGGUUUCCUGCUAAAAGAAGAUGGAAAAACAUGCAAAAAUAAAGAUCUUUGCAAAUCAGUCAACCAUGGGUGUGAGCAUGUUUGUGUUAAUACUGAUGAUUCAUAUAUCUGCAAAUGCCAUGAUGGAUUCCUACUGAGAGGAGAUGGGAAAACCUGCAAAAAUAAAGAUGUCUGCAACUCAAUUGACCAUGGCUGUGAACAUAUUUGUGUGAAUACUGAUGAUUCCUACAUCUGUAAGUGUCAUGAUGAAUUCAUACUGAAGGAAGAUGGGAAAACUUGCAGAAGUAAAAAUAUCUGCAAAACAUUCAACCAUGGUUGUGAACAUGUCUGUGUUCCAGCUGGUGAUUCAUACACUUGCCAGUGCCAUGAGGGAUUUAUUUUGAGGCAAGACAGGAAAACAUGCAGGAAUAAAGACCUGUGUAAAUCCAUUGACCAUGGCUGUGAACACGUGUGCGUUAAUACUAACAGUUCAUACAGUUGUCAGUGCCAUGAGGGCUUUGUCCUGAGACAAGAUGGAAAAACAUGUCGUAGUAAAGAUGUCUGCAAAUCAGUUGCCCAUGGCUGUGAACAUAUUUGCGUUAAUAAUGAUGAUUCAUACAUUUGUAAAUGCCAGGAGGGAUAUGUACUAAAAGAGGAUAAGAAAACCUGCAAAAGAUGCACUGAAGGCCCCAUUGACCUGGUGUUUGUGAUUGACGGAUCGAAAAGUCUUGGAGAGAACAAUUUUGAAAUUGUAAAACAGUUCGUCUCAGACGUCUUGGAUUCACUUGAGAUUUCACCCAAAGCUGCUCGGGUCGGUUUGCUUCAGUAUUCCACAGAAGUCCGCACAGAGUUUACAUUAAGGCAGUUCAGCUCAGUCAAAGACAUGAAGAAAGCUGUAUCUCAAAUGAAGUACAUGGAGAGAGGUUCCAUGACAGGACUGGCUCUGAAGCACAUGCUCGAGAGGAGCUUCACAGAAGCAGAAGGAGCCAGGCCGAUUUCAGCUGGCGUCCCUCGAGUCUCCGUCGUGUUCACAGAUGGACGAGCCCAAGAUGAAGUGUCUGAGUGGGCUACUAGAGCAAAGCAAAACGGUAUAAUUAUCUAUGCCGUUGGAAUAGGAAAAGCAAUUGAGGAAGAACUGCUGGAAAUUGCUUCUGAGCCAUCACAUCUUUUCUAUGCUGAGGAUUUCACGGCCAUGGAGGAGAUAAGUGAAAAGCUAAGAGUGCAGAUCUGUGAAGCAAAAGCUGCAAAAGAUAAAGACCAAUGCAAAUGUGAAAACCUUGUGACAUUCCAGAACUAUGCAACCACAGAAGUAAAAAAACUCACCCAGCGAUAUAUCCUUUCAGACUAAUUG